CAUCUCGAACCAUCGCUACUGCCGCCCUCGCUGGCCUCACGGCGACAACCUGGACGUCACGGAGAAGGAACGGGCAUCGGGCGCGCAUACCAUCAAUGGUUCGCAGGGUGCAGCGCUCACCGCUGGCAUUCCCGUGAUUGUCUCACGAGUCAUACUAUAUCACCGCCCUGAGCUCGGCUGCAUCGAAGUUUCUGUCAUCGACACGGCACGGCAGUUCUAAUAGAAGCGAAUUGGCUAAACUAUACCCGCUUUCUUCCAGAAUCGAUCAAAACUUACUGAUCGCCACACCGCAGACCUGAUCCGCCCUCGCACACCAUCGCGCAAGGCGAUGCCAGGCCCAGACUCGGACGACGCCCAGCAAGCAACUACUGAAGAUGCCUCGACGGACAAGCCUCGCAGGGUGACCAAGUACGACAAACAGCAGGCGGAGAAAACCAUAGAGGAGUUGUGCGAAAAACUGACAGAAGUUGUGUCCAGAGGCGAUGUCUAUGGUCCGUUCUUCAACCGCCACAUUUCCCCCAACUUUCAAUUCCACUUGGCGAAUGUUCGUCAUUUGAACUCCCGUCAAGAGUACAGGGAGCACUUGCUCGGCGUAAGGGCGACGUUUCCCAACUGGAAGGCCACUGCGUUGGCAAUCACAGUCGAGCUGCAAGAGAAAAUAACGAAGGCCAAAGUAUGGAUGUUGUUAAGGCACAGCAAUUACCCCGAAGGCUGCGAACGUGAAGCCUGCAGUAUGUUUAUCUUUAAGCGGAGUGAGGAAGGUGUUUGGGUCAGUCAGGGACAAUACGGUUUUCCGGGCGUUGCACCUUUACCGCUGCCGCUCGAGCCUGCGUGCCCAGCUGAUGCUGAUCAUUCUUCUGGUUGUGCUGCCUUGCAGUCGCGCCGCAAAGAUUCAGAAUCGCCGUCAACGCCUGACAGCGACAGCAAGCCUGCACCUUGAGAAGUAGGAGAUCCUGGAGUUUCGCUCCUGACCACGAAUAAUGAAGUGUGCAUGGCUUGGACAUCUUUCUGAAUGCUAGCGCCUUCGCGAUGUCGGCCCAAGAAGCGAGCUUUCAACGCCCUCUGGGCGUCAACGCUGGCAGCCAGGCAACGAGCUGGCAGGCCAUUCCGUCCUAGGACCCGGAGCAAGAUGCACGAAAUCGAUCAUCACACUCGAGAUGCAGAUCAGACACUCGACUCUGUAUCACCAUGCCUUAUCCACGCUCGCACCGCUACCGAAACCCGUCGAACACUAUGCUCGCAGUUCCCACUCUGAGAUGGAUCGCUCGAAGUUCCACCUAGUAUCGGCCGCACCACGACACCGCCAACGCCAUCAGUAGCUGCGCAAGAACGAUGGCCGCGAGCACUGUACAUUUCUGUGCCGUAUACGAAUAAUCGACCGGUACCUCUUCUGGCGGCGGAGGCGCUGGUGAUCUUUUGACGGAUCGUGUCGCAACGUACCAGCCCUUGUGGCAGAAGGAGC